AUGGCUAGUGAUGCAAAGUUGGAAGCCGAGGACGACAGUAGCUGGAACGGAAUGGUCCAACCCUUCCAUAUUCUGCAACUGCUGGCGGACUCGAACAAACUAGCAUUCAUCAGCGCUCUUGCAGGUCUCAUGUUGACAACUCGCAUUUAUUCUCAAUUUUAUAGGCAAUUCUGUAUUAAUCUAAACAUUAAUACAUCAGUACGCGAGCAGGUUGUAAAUUCUGUUUAUUGA